UAUUUUAUUAUUUAUUUUUGUAAAACGCAACUUACAAAUAAGCCCUAGGAAAUGAAAACAAUGCAUAUGUUUCUGUCGUUUAUUUUAUUGUCCCACACUACAGUAAUUCACUAUGCUUUUAUUUGACUGCUCGUACUUACUCGGUUCUUUUUCCUCAAACGCACUAAUAAAGUUAUUCAAUAAAGUUGACGAGCAUGCUUCCUCUACACGGGGAGGGUAACGCGACUGUGCAGUUUUGUAACAAAGUUGCAAGCAGUAGUUUAUAUACAAUAAAAUAGUUCCGUUUAAGUUCUUGAAUAACAUGGUAAUCACGGUGGAAGUAAAGAAGAUGUACAAAUACCCAUUUGAACUCGUUGUAAAUAUACACUUAAAUAAGUAUCCAACUCCCCUUGAGGAACAUGUAACAGGAAUUCAAACUGUAGAAGAAAAAACAGACAACGUCUCAGGAAUUAUUUAUAGAAGGAAGAUAGCAACUUGCAACAAUGUGAUUCCCAAGUUCUUGAGAAAGAUCAACUUCUUGAAUGUUAACGAUGUCCUUAUAGAAGAGGAGUCCUGGCUGGAUAUGAAACAAAGAAUUCUGAAUAUCAAAAGUCGCUGCCUCACCUGGGCCCAGUACUCCACUUUUCAUGAAGUGUCGGUCUUCAAGCAGAGUGUCGAAAACCCAAACUGGACUGAAUUCCAUCAGAAAGGGAGCAUCGUUGUCACAGGUGCAGGGAAACUGAACCGGUUGUGUGAAGUAUUUGCUGAAGCGUUUUUUAACAAAGGAGUCAAAAAGACAAUAUCACUGGGGGUAUUCUGUGCCAUGGGAAGAGUGUGAAUAUAAUGGAGACCAUUCUGGAACAAAGAUGCGGCCGUCCCUUCUUGUAACAGCAUUCCUGUUGGAUGGAUAUCUUCUGCUUACCAGCAAUAGCAGCAGUAAGAAGAGAAUGUGGCUUUUUACAGAAUAGGAUGAUACCUGUCAGACAAGAACAUUUGAAAUGGACAGCUGCAAUUCACUGUGUUUCAAUAUAUCUUACACAUAUGCUGUUUCCUCAGGAUAACUUGUACAGGAUCCGUUUUUAUUUAUGGUCACGCAUGCAUAUACAGUAAGUAUUACAAUGUCAAAU